CUUUGAUAUUUCAAAGGAAUUUCUGUCCCCGGCGGAGGGGUUUUCUUUGCACUGGGCAGCACAGGUUACUAGAACGUUAUCUAUAUGAAGGGCUGAUGGAAGACACAAGGGAUCUGGCUGAACGCACCCCACGUUCAGAGCGUAAGCGGAGAGACUCGUUCGGGAUGUUUGAUGGCUAUGACAGCUGUAGCGAGGAGUCCACCAGCAGCUCCAGCACAGAGGACAGCGAGGAUGAGGUGGUGCCCUCCAUCCCCGCCAGCCUGCCCAUCAUUAAGAACAAUGGCCAGGUCUACACCUACCCCGACGGCAAGGCUGGAAUGGCCACCUGUGAGAUGUGCGGGAUGGUCGGAGUACGAGAUGCUUUUUACUCGAAAACCAAGCGCUUCUGCAGUGUGUCUUGUUCCAGGAGUUAUUCCUCAAAUUCCAAAAAAGCUAGCAUCUUAGCAAGACUCCAGGGCAAACCACCAACAAAAAAGGCAAAGGUCUUACAGAAACAGCCUCUCAUGGCAAAGUUGGCAGCUUACGCCCAGUACCAAGCAAGUCAACAGAACCAGGCCAAAUCAAAAGCUGUGGUCCCUGCUGAGAGCUUCGACUGGGGUCGGUAUCUCUGUAGCAAUAACACGGUCGGAGCUCCAGUCAGCUGUUUCAAGCACGCCCCUAUGGGGAUGUGCUGGGGAGACAUUGAAGAAGGAGUGAGGAUUGAAGUGAUCAACUCAGAUACUAACCUCUCCACUAAGGUGUACUGGAUAGCAGAAAUCAUAAAGCUAGCAGGGUUUAAGGCUCUCCUGAGGUAUGAGGGCUUUGACAACGACAGCAGUAAAGACUUCUGGUGUAAUCUCUGUAUCCCAGAGGUGCACCCGGUGGGAUGGUGCGCCUCGAGUCGCAAACCUCUCGUACCUCCUAAAAGCAUACAGCAUAAGUACUCUAACUGGAAAGCCUUUCUUGUGAAGCGUCUCACUGGAGCUAAAACACUGCCACCUGACUUUAAUGAUAAGGUACAUGAGAACAUACAGUUCCCCUUUAAGAAGCUGAUGCGGGUAGAGGUGGUCGACAAGAACUAUCUGUGCCGGACACGGGUGGCGCUGGUGGAGCAGGUGAUCGGGGGUCGCCUCAGGCUGGUGUACGAGGAGAGCCAGGACGGGUCGGACGACUUCUGGUGCCACAUGUUCAGCCCUCUCAUACACAACAUCGGCUGGUCACGAAGCAUCGGACACCGCUUCAAACGAUCUGAUGUUACAAAGAAAAACGAGGGUCAGGUUGAUGCUCCUGCACCGCUCUUCCAGAAGGUGAAAGAUGUGGAUCAGAGUGGGGAAUGGUUCAGAGAUGGGAUGAAGUUAGAGGCCAUCGACCCACUCAACCUCUCAGCUAUAUGUGUAGCCACUGUAAGAAAGGUGUUGGCAGACGGGUACCUCAUGAUCGGGAUCGAUGGUUCGGAGGCAGUGGAUGGAUCAGACUGGUUCUGUUACCAUGGCACCUCCCCCUCCAUCUACCCGGUCGGCUUCUGUGAAAUCAACAACAUUGAACUCACGCCCCCUAGAGGGUACACUAAACUGCCAUUUAAAUGGUUUGACUACCUCAGAGAAACAGGUUCAAUAGCUGCUCCUGUCAAGCUCUUUAACAAGGAGGUUCCCAAUCACGGUUUCCGGCAAGGCAUGAAGCUGGAGGCCGUCGAUCUGAUGGAGCCGCGGCUCGUGUGCGUCGCCACGGUGACGCGGAUCGUUCACCGGCUACUGAGGAUCCACUUUGACGGCUGGGAGGACGAGUAUGACCAGUGGGUGGACUGCGAGUCGCCUGACCUCUACCCUGUGGGCUGGUGUCAGCUGACUGGCUACCAGCUCCAACCCCCCGCCUCGCAGAGUAACAGAGACUUGCCUCAGUCUGUGCCUAAGCAGAAGAAAAAGGCCCAACAGUACAAAGGCCAAAAGAAAAAGAGGAAGAUUCCGGUUGGUCGACGGCCCUUCAGUCAGGCAGGCAGGAGGAGGAGCUUCUCGGGGGACGAAGAGCAGAGUCCGCCCCCUUACCCUGCCCAGGGGCCCGCUCGGCCCCGGCCCCGAACCCACCUCCACCAAACCCACAAAUCAGACUCCCUCCUGAGAAUGAAGGAGGAGACGGCAGAGGUGGACGAGUUUACCUUCUCACAGGGCACCUCCGACCAGGAGAGCAACGGCUCGGGCAGCUACUACAUCAAACAGGAGCCCUGAGGGUCACGAGGCCGAGACAGAGCAGGAUGAACCGGGAAGGGGGGGGGCAGGACGCAUCUCUCCAAACAAACAAACAUUAAAAAAAAACCCAGCAAGCAUCAGGAACGGAGAAUCAAAGGAGCCUCAAAUUACACUCGCAGACCAAUGGCACAGCCCUCGUAUGGAGUCAGCACCAAUGGAGACGGGCGACGAAGGGGGUCGAUUUCAUGUUUUUCUUGAAAAAAAAAUCUGAAUGGAACAACCUUCUGAACAAGUUUUCAACCUUGUAGCUGUGCGUGCACAUAAUCACUCACAAACCUGUAUGAUUUGAAGGGUUGGAAAGCACCCAGUGACGGGCCUGGGUCACAUGUUUGGGCAUUCUCUUUUCGUACCACCCUGGUGGUAACAUCAGCUUCCUCUCCUCUCCUGUCUGAAACACAACCAGACCAGAUAUUACCAUGGAUAAAAAGCAACCCCUUCUCUCUGCGUGGGGGAGGAGGGGGGGGUCCUGCAAGUCAACAUCAGCCCAUCCUGCCUCUGCCACAAUCUGGGCAGCGCACAGAGACCUGUAGAAACUGUGACAACCUUUUAUUGAGCCAGGUCUUUUCUGUUUUUUUGUCUUUUUUUUUCGUUGUUGUUUUGGUUUGUUUUCAGGUCAGAGAGUCAGCCACUGAAUGCAGGAUUUCCAUUGGCCUGAGGAGAGAAGAGAGGCUGGCAGAGAGAGGAACACAGUUGUGUAUAUUUUUGAUUAUUUUUCUUCUGAAUAAUAUUGCCAGGUGGACUUUUAUUUUGUUAAUAGUACUUGAAGCUUUUUUUUUUUCCUUUUUUAUU